AUGACUCACCCUCCUUCCGGUCCUCGCAAAGCAUUGACCAGUAAUAGGGUGUACCCAGCAGAUGCACCCCUACAGAAUCCUCAUCAUGACAAUGAUACAGUGCUACGAGUAGCAACACCAGGUGCAGAGGGGGAACCUCCGCAUACACAACCACAACAACAAAAUCAUAACAUGAAUGAUGAAUAUCUAUUUACUAAAGCAAAAACAAUGACAAAGCUCCAUGAGUCUACUAGUCAAGAAAAAUCCCGAGGUUGGCUUGCCAAAUCUUUAACGCGAACCAUUCUGAAAGGAUUUGGUUCAUCGACGAGUGUAAAUGAAUUAAUUGAUGAUUUUACAAUAGAAAACGAUUUAGUAGCCAAGUCAAGAACGUUUAGCAGUAGUAUAGUAUCAUCAUCUGCUUCCAACUUUGAAGAGAUGAGCAAAAGUAAUUCGUUGUGUGUGCAUUGCAGCUUUCGAUGCCUGCUUGUUUCAACCAUGUUGAUCAUGAUCAUCAUUCCCGUAUUGACUCUAGUUUUACUUUCAAUAGGGUUUUCAGUGCUUGCAUCCAAUGACGUGAAGAUGCAGGUAAUUAUUCAGAGUUAUCGGAGAGCUCAUAGUUAUGUUGACGAUUUCUUGUGGGUUUGCAUGGAGGCUACAUAUUCGCUAAAGAAUGCAAUCUUUAAAAUGUAUUUUAUGAAGAAAAGUAGCAUUGAUAUUAAUGAGGUCAACAUGUAUAGCCCUCAAGUUUUUGAGAACUUGAUGAAAAUUCUUGCUGUCAGCCAUCAGCAAUACAUUGGAAAGAUUUACCUUCUGGAUUUUACUCCACCGACUGGAGAUUAUAUUUAUGUCGACACUGGUUACCAAGUGAUGGAGCCGUUGGACAACGAAACAGAGCCCAUGUUUGAACCAAGACAAGAAGUGUUUCAUAUUACUCAACCUGACAAUGAAACUUCUUUACAAACAACCUACUAUUUCACAAUGUUCGGAAAUAGGAGAACUGUCUCUUUAGACGAACCAACCUCACAUUGGGACCCUAGAAACGACGAAUACUAUUAUCUCUCUCAAAUUUAUGACGAAGCAUUGAUACCUUUAGAUGUUCAAUGGCAAGGAGAAACUAUCGAACAACGAGUGUACACUUGCUUUCAAGCGAAUAUUUAUUCACCACAUAACUCCCAUUUCAUUGGAGUCACAAGCAUUAAUGUUAAUAUAGAAUAUUUAGCCAACUUUGUAAGAUCAUUCUAUGUCUCACCUAGGUCAUUUGUUGCCAUUAUUGAAAUGUUUCACCGUGAGGACGGUAUUCAUAAACGAGUGAUUGGAUUCAAAAAUGCUUCUUCCAUUGCCAUAUAUGAUCCAAGUUUGGAGUACGAGUAUAGAAUUGCUGAUGAGUGGGAAAUAGGUGAUCCCUUAUUGAGACAUGUGGUGAUCAACAUUAUUCCUGCCAAAAUAUCUGGCUAUUCUUUGUACAAGGACACUUCCUAUCCAGAUGCUCAUGUUCAAACGUUUUUGUUUGAAGGAGAAGAGUAUAUAGUAUCCCAUGGAGUUGUCAACAGAACAAUUUCCCUUAACAUGCAAUGGAUUGUAGUAGUUGUUGCUCCAGAAACAGAUUUCACCAGUAACGUUUUCAUGUUGGCUGGUGUUAAUGUCGGUAUAUCUGUUUUAUGCCUCUUUGCAAGCUUGUUUUUCAGCUUUAUAUUUUCAAGAGCUGUUUCGAAACCACUAACCUAUUUUUCAAGUGAAAGCAAGGCAAUUUCAAAUUUAGAGAUCAAUAAGGGAAAGCCAUUUCAUUCAGCAAUCAAGGAAGUUUUAGAGCUGUCGACUGCCUUUGAAAACAUGAAGAUGGCAUUACGUUCAUUUAAAAAAUUUGUUCCAAGUGAGCUUGUGAGAGAAAUGCUUCAAAAAGGAAAUGAAAUUAAUUUAGGAGGAAAAUUGGUGAACAACUUGACCAUAUUCUUUUCUGACAUUGAAAAUUUUACGACUUUAAGUGAGGAGCUCGAACCACCGAUUCUUAUCAAGCAAUUGUCAGAAUAUUUUCAUGUUCUCACUGAAGAAAUUAUUUUAGAAAAAGGAACCUUAGAUAAAUAUAUCGGAGAUUCUGUCAUGGGUUUCUGGGGUGCUCCACAGUACUCGACUCUCUCAGGAAUUAGAGCGUGUAAGGCAUCAUUGAGAUGUCAAAUGCGAAUGGAUGAGUUGAGAAAGAAAUGGGCUAAAGAGAAAAAGCCCUUAAUGAGAUGUAGAAUAGGAAUUCACAGUGGUUCUUGUAUUGUUGGAAACUUUGGAUCCAGAUGGAGACUCAACUACACAAUCAUUGGUGACAGCGUAAAUCUUGCUUCUCGAUUAGAAGGUACCAACAAAUUUUAUAAUACGCAAAUUAUUGUUUCAGAAGAUACAUACUUGAGGCCGUAUGUGUCAGAACAAUUAGAGUUUAGAAAACUUGACAAAAUCAGUGUGAAAGGGAAAUCAAUUGGAUGCGUGAUAUACGAGCUUCUUGGAAGGAAGAAAGAAUUACCCCCUAUUGCGACAAUACUGAAUGAAGAGACGUCAGAAAUUGCUAAAGAUCAAAGACCUUUACCUCUUGUAAAUGAGGAAAUGUUACAAAUGCGUUCUGUGUAUGAUGCUGCUUUGAAAAACUACUUGAUGGGAAACUUUAGUGAUGCUGCUGUGCAAUUUGAAGAGUGUUUAAAAUUAAUGCCGAACGAUGGACCGGCAGCAACUAUGCUUGCACGUUCGCAACACUUCUCAACUCAUAGACCAAGUAACUGGGAUGGAGUAUAUCACAACGUUGAAAAGUAG